GGAAAACAAGAAACGAAAAAUCAGCGUUCUCUUCUGAAGUUGGGUGGGGCAAGGAAUAAAAUGCGAAGAUGCUUGAAACGUGAACAAGCUUUGAUCCGAAACCAUAAGAACCAACUUUCCUCAAUUGACACCCAAACUCACCGCCAUGUCAACAACGUACAUGAACCCAAUUCUCGUUCUCAAUCUCAAUGGAACAACGUACCUCAUCAACAACACCCACUUAUCCUUGACAACCUUGUCCGUCUCUAUGUCUCACGUAAUCAAACAGAACAUGCUCGCCACGUGUUCGACCAAAUUCCAAAACCAAGCGUUAUUUUGUGGAACAUGAUGAUUCGAGCUUAUGCUUGGACUGGCCCCUUUCAACAAGCCAUUCACUUGUACCAUCGCAUGCUGCAUCUGGGUCUCACACCCACCAACUUCACCUUCCCUUUUGUUCUCAAAGCCUGUUCAGCUUUGCAAGCAAUUCAAGUUGGUAGACAAAUACACGAUCAUGCCCUCACACUUGGUCUCCAAACCGAUGUCUAUGUUUCCACCGCGUUGCUUGACAUGUAUGCCAAAUGUGGGGACUUGUUUCAAGCACAAACGAUAUUUGAUUGUAUGUCCCAAAGGGAUAUUGUUGCAUGGAAUGCCAUCAUUGCUGCAUUUUCACUUCAUGCUCUUCACUAUCAAACAAUGCAGUUAGUUGUCCAAAUGCAGCAAGCUGGAAUCACCCCUAAUUCUUCAACUGUUGUGUGUGUUUUACCCACAGUUGGACAAGCUAAUGCCUUGGGGCUGGGGAAGGCUAUUCACGCUUAUUCUGUUAGGAAAAUCUUCAUUCGUGAUGUGGUUGUUGCCACGGGGCUCUUGGAUAUGUAUGCUAAGUGCAGUCACUUAUCUUAUGCCCGGAAAAUCUUCGAUACUGUGAACCAAAAGAAUGACAUAUGCUGGAGUGCUAUGAUUGGAGGGUAUGUCAUCUGUGAUUCCAUGAGAGAUGCUUUGGGACUUUAUGAUGACAUGGUAUGCAUCUAUGGCUUGAACCCCUCGGCGGUCACUCUUGCAAGCAUACUUCGAGCUUGUGCAAAGCUCACUGAUUUGAAUAAAGGGAAAAACUUACAUUGUUACAUGAUUAAAUCAGGGGUGAGUCUAAACACAAUGGUAGGAAACUCACUGAUAUCAAUGUAUGCCAAGUGUGGGAUUAUGGAAGAUGCGAUUGAGUUUCUUGAUGAAAUGAUCACGAAAGACACCAUUUCUUAUAAUGCUAUCAUUUCAGGUUUUGUGCAAAAUGGGCAUGCAGAGAAAGGUUUACUUAUUUUUCGCCAGAUGCAGUUAUCUGGAUCCGACCCUGAUUCAGCAACCAUGAUUGGUCUACUUCCAGCUUGUUCACAUUUGGCCGCUCUACAACACGGGGCUUGUUGCCAUGGAUACUCGGUGGUUCAAGGCUUCGCUGCAGACACCUCCAUUUGUAAUGCCAUUAUUGACAUGUACGCAAAGUGUGGGAAAAUUCAUAUCAGUCGGCAAGUUUUUGAUAGAAUGCAAAAUAGGGAUAUUGUUUCAUGGAAUGCAAUGAUAAUUGGUUAUGGCAUUCAUGGGCUAUGCAUGGAUGCACUUUCACUGUUUCGUGAAUUACAAGCAUCAGGCUUGAAGCCGGAUGAUGUGACCUUUAUUGCUGUUUUAUUAGCAUGUAGCCAUUCAGGGCUCGUGACAGAAGGGAAACAUUGGUUUAGUGCCAUGAGCCAUAACCUCAACAUCACACCAAGGAUGGCACAUUAUAUAUGCAUGGUAGACCUUCUGGCCCGAGCAGGAAACUUGGAUGAAGCAUACUCUUUUAUUCAAAGGAUGCCAUUUGAGCCUGAUGUUCGUGUAUGGAGUGCAUUGCUUGCUGCAUGUAAGACCCACAAAAAUAUUGAAAUGGGUGAACGAGUGUCAAAGAAGAUUCAGCUACUUGGGCCUGAAAGUACUGGGAAUUUUGUUCUUAUGUCUAACAUCUAUAGUUCUGUAGGCAGAUGGGAUGAUGCAGCACAUAUUAGAAGCAUACAAAGGCAUCACGGUUUCAAGAAAAGCCCAGGAUGUAGUUGGAUUGAGAUAUCUGGGGUAAUCCAUGGAUUUAUUGGUGGGGAUCAAUCCCAUCCUCAAUCAGCAUCCAUAAAUAACAAGCUACAGGAAUUGCUAGUGCAGAUGAAAAAAUUGGGAUAUCGUGCAGAUCCUAAUUUGGUUCUCCAGGAUGUUGAAGAAGAGGAGAAGGAACAGAUUCUCCUUUAUCAUAGUGAAAAAAUAGCCAUUGCAUUUGGAAUUCUUAAUACCAACCCUAGUGACCAUGUUCUAGUUACUAAAAAUUUGCGUGUAUGUGUAGACUGCCAUACUGGUAUAAAAUUUAUGACCCUUAUAACAAGGAGGAAGAUAACAGUGAGAGAUGCAAGUCGAUUUCAUCAUUUUGAGAAUGGAAUUUGCAAUUGUCAAGAUUUCUGGUGAGAAAAUGGAGGGUGGAGAUAGAAUCACCC